AUACCUGCGUUCUUCUUCUUGACCAUGAUCUUCGGCACCAGAGCAUACUCGUGCCCAUACAGGAACGUCGAGAAGGGCAUCAUACUCCUCUAUGUGCUUGUGAAGGGGAUCAACAAGCUAGACUGCAAUGCACUGGAUGGCGGGUACAAUUUGUACAUCAAUAAGUUGCUGGACAGUUCGGACGAGCUUCAGUACGAGAACUUCUGCUAUCCGAUCCGCAAGACACGCGGGAUAGCACUGACUGAUGAGGAGAAGUCCUACAACGACAUCUUUGGAAGUUUUCGUUCCAAGAUAGAGGGCCAUUUCGGGGAGAUGCAGUCAACGUUCACUAAGUUCAGCCACACGGUAGUGAAUGCGACGGCAGAGAAGGAUACAUUUGGGCUUCAGUACAAGCUGGCGUGUCUACUGCUGAACAUCAAGAGGUUUGCAGCACUGAAGGAUAUCCCCACUGAACAGCACCACAUGUUCUGGGUUCAGGAUGGCUUUGAUUAUCCCAGUAAGACAGAGAAUCUAGAGAUCAUGUAUACC